AAUGUUGUCCCAUGCCGACAGCGGCCGCUGCUGGGCAGGCGGCCGUGUGUCUCAAAUGGACCACACCCGCGGCGGCGCGACAGCGCGUCCUGUUCAAAAAACGAGCAGGCUCUGCUGCUGUGCGCCGUUAUGCCCCGCCCAGGACCGCUUCUCCACCGUGCCGCCCCUGGGCGUGGCACUGCCUGCAGGCUCCGCCGCCAGGCACCGCGUCGGGCGGCGCCGCCCAGCAGGAGGUGCGGCGCCGUGCCCAGCGUGCGGCUGCACUCGGCAGGAGGAGGAGGAGGAGGAGGAGGAGGAGGAGGAGGAGGGAGGGAGGAGGUGCGUGCGUGGCGCAGAGCUCGGCGCAGGUCGCUGCCGCGCCGGAGGCACACUGCUCCUGCGGCGCUCCCCGCCCAGGCGCGGUACCGGUGCGCAGGCCCUGGACAGGCCCGGUGCGCAGGCCUUUAAAUUGCCCGACGCCCGCAGGAGACCGGGUUUCGGUACUCUUCUGGGCGCUCGAAACUCUUCCUGGCGAUCAAAGCUAGGGUAGACUGGAGCAUCAUAGCUCCAGUGCGCAGUGAGCGCCUCCGUGGUCCAGUUGCCGCGUGGACCCCGGGGCGGUCGCCCCACCGCCGCCGAACAACAAGUGCGUGGUGCAGUGCUGCUGCCCCGUAGCAGGCGAACGUGACGUGUCGUCAUGCGACUGGAGCGCGCAGACUGCGCGAUACUAAGCUUGAGCAGGGGCACUUUGAGCAGACGUGCUUAGAAACACGCGCGGCGCCGCGCGGCACAGGUCACGACACCCCAAGCGCAUGAAUUGGCACUGCAGACCCACAGCACGGGAUCGCUCGACCCAGCCCGUGCUGAGACGCCGGAUCCGGGGGGGCGAGACGGCACGGCGGGAGCACGCGUGCUCCCUCGCUCGGCAGCCGGGGGGAGGGGAGCAACGGCACGGGAGGCGGGCGGAAGGGCGAGGCACUGGCCCUCGGACGUUGCUAUCGAAGUGCCCCUGGCCCAAGGUGCCCCCCCAGGAUUU